AACCACCCACCCUCUCUCUCCCACCCUACAAUCCCUCCUCUCCCCCUCGCGGUGAGCUUCGUCGCGAGUCGCUAACGGACCGGUGAGAUCUCGAUUACGAUCGGUAUCGGUGAGAGUAUAAAAUCCUGUCGGCGGGUCGCGGCAGAUCGAUCGACGGAUUGUAACGGCUAAACACGGUGUAUGGUGUGUGUGUGUGUGUGUGUGUGUGUGUGUGAGAAAGAGAGAGAGAGAGAGAGAGAGUGAGUAAUAUCGGGAAUCGGGUUACAUCGCAUACCGAUACGCGAUCGCAAGUACGAUCGAGCGGUUGCUCGUUGCGUGUGUCGGACGCCAGGCCAUUCAUUUUUCCAAGCUCCCCUGCGGAUAAACGGGACGCCGGACGAUCGAAACGAAAGGGACAAGGAAACGCGAUGAAAGGGAAGACGCGCGGAGAAAGAUACGGGGAGAGCUGUACGAAGGAGGGAUCGAUGUUUGAUUCCAAGCUGAAAGCCGACCAGAGACGAGAGGCUGAGACGUUGAAUUAAUCGACACCGGGUGAACACAACAGAGAAAAGAGGAAACGAAAAAAGACGGAAGAAAGCGAGGCUUUGAAAGGGAGAGAAAACGUUAUGCUGGCCGACGAUUUAAUCGAUCGAACGAUAGACACGGGAGAUCGAAGCGGUGCUCGGGAAAGGUGCGGUUUUCGUAUUCUCGUCGUUCGUUAGAAGUCAUAAUGCUCGAGGGAAAUGUGUUGUCGUUUCCGGCAAGGAGAAUUCCAAUCGAGAUCCACCGCGUUUCGAUUAAAAAAGUAAAGGAAUCGCGCUAGAUUUCGGAGCGAGCAGUGUGUGGAGAAUCGCGCGCAUACGCGAGCAGGUACGGUUAAUCGCGCGAUUGAUUGAUUGAUCGAUCGAUCGAAUCGAUUCGGCUGGCGAUCGGCGAUUCGCUAACGAGUGACGACUCGCGCCUGACUCUUGUCUCCUAUCCGAUCGAUAGGUGCCAAACGGGAGGAGAUCCGUGAGAGAAGAAGAAGAAGAAGAAGAAGAAGAAGAAGAAGAAGAAGAAGAAGAAGAAGAAGAGACGAGAGGUGAAGGAAGAGGGAAGGUGACGAUCACGAUCACGAUCACGAUCACGAUCACGACCACGGCGGGAGCCGCGGGACGAUGAGCGACGGCAUAGUCGGUGCAAUCGCGAUCAGUUUAUUUGGCAGCGAGAAGAAACGUCGGGACAGCAUGGACGCCGGUUACACGAUACUUGGCAACGACGUCGAUGUCUGCAGAAUGUUCGACCAGUGUUCCUACAAGAGGAACGAGAGUCUGGACUUUUCCUUGAACGUUCCGCAGCAUCACCAUUCUACGUCCUACCAUCACAACAGCUACGCCAUGGCUGAUCAAACGUUUCACACUCCCAGUUUCGGCGAUGAGGACUUCGAUAUUCCGGCUCUUCAUUCUCACUCGCAUCAGCAACACCAGCAUCAUCAAUCGCAGCAGCAACAGCAACAGCAGCAGCAGCAGCAACAACAACAACAACAACAACAGCCGCAGCAGCAGCCGCAGCAGCAACAUCAGCAACAUCAGUCGCAGCCUCAAGCUCAGUCUCAGCACGAUCCGAUGCACGGCUACCAAACGCAGAUGAUGCAGACCGGCAAUAUGCAACAGUCAUCGGACGGGUUGAACCUCGACCCAGGAGGAUAUCAACAGCCGCUCUACUUGCAGCAGGACCACUCGAUGCAACAGCCGAUCAGCGUCAGUUCGACGUACAGUGGCUCGCAAGGUUCGUACGCGAGCAUGAAUUCACCGAGGCAACAGCACGGGAGUCAGCAACAAAUAAUGUUGAUUCAACAGCAGCAGCAACAGCAACAACAACAACAGCAGCAGCAACAGCAACAAGCACAGUUGCAGCAGCACAUGCAAUAUAUGCACAGUCAGCAGCAGCAGCAGCAGCAGCAACAACAGCAACAACAGCUGCAGCAACAGAUGCAGUAUAGAAGUCCAACGGGCGGUAGUCCGUCGGCGAUACAGUCGAGCGUGAUCCCCGAGGCAAACAACAAUACCACCACCAGCGAGGAUAGCGACGACAGUACGCCACAUUCGGGGAUGAUUACCGGCAUUAAGAGACCCUCGCCGGAGCCGAGCGACGCCGCCGCAAAAAAUCAAAGGAAACCAAAAUCGCAGAAAAAGAAGAAGAAAAGGGAUCCCAACGAACCGCAAAAACCUGUUUCGGCGUACGCCCUGUUCUUCAGGGACACUCAGGCCGCGAUAAAAGGACAAAAUCCAAAUGCGAGUUUUGGCGAAGUCUCCAAGAUUGUAGCUUCGAUGUGGGAUGCGUUGGAUACCGAGCACAAGAACGUUUACAAAAAGAAGACUGAAGCCGCAAAGAAAGAGUAUCUGCAGGCCCUCGCGGCGUACAGAGCGUCCCUAGUUAGCAAGGGGGCAGCCGAGAACGAGCAACAGCAACAACAACAACAGUCGCAGCAGCAACAGUCGCCGCAACAGCAGCAAGUUCAAUAUACGGCGUACGGCAGUUACGCCGGAAAUGGGACGCCGGGAAACAUUUCGUAUCAGGUUUAUAGCCCGCAACCUCAGCCCUCUUCGCCCCAACAGCACGCCCAUCCUCAUCCGCAUCAGCAACAACUACAUCAUCAGCAAUCGACGCAACAGAUGCAAAUGAAGAAGUCUCCUCACCACUUGACGAUGCCAGGAAACCCACAGCAGCAACAAACGCAACAGAUGAUGGCUACGUCGAUGGCGCCGACACAUAUGUCGCAACAGCAGCAACAACAACAACAGCAGCAGCAGCAGCAAUCGCAACAACAGCAGCACAUGCAGCAACAAUACAUGCAGAUGCCACAACAAGUGCAGCAAGUGCCGCAGCAAUCUCAGCAGCAUCAUCAGCAAUCGCAGCAGCAGCAGCAGCAGCAACAGCAGCAGCAGCAACAGCAGAUGAUGCACACGAAUCCGUCAAAGAGCGACUCGUUGUCGAGUUCUCCGCCAACGGUGAACUCUGUGACUCAAGCUGCCGCCAUGGCCGGUCAGAGAUCGACGUCGAACGCUUGCAUACGUCACGGAUGCCCGAACCCAGCUGUGGCGAACAGCGAAUGGGAAGACGAGUAUUGCAGCAACGAGUGCGUGGUCAGCCACUGCAGGGACGUGUUCACCACGUGGGUAUCGUCGAAUCAAAAUCCACAGCAAAACUUCUCGACCGUGAAAUAAGGACCGUAAAAAUCGGUCCAGCUAGGUGAAACGCAGCGAUCGUUCGAAAUGUUUCCUACCGUUUCUCUCUGGUAGUCGUGGAACGCGGAUAUAUAUAUUACAUAUAUAUAUAUACCUGAUGUUCAGAGCGUGAUCCGACUCGAUAUCUUUUGUAUAUACGCGAUGUCGAUCACACGCGCGCGUGUACACACACACACACACACACACACAGACACACCUACCCACACGCCAGCCACAUUGCGCGCGCGAGAGCGAAAUUUUGUUUCGCGUUAAAUCAAAAGACGAAAGAAGACGGAUAAAAGCACGCUAAGCGAAUCGCGCUACACCGAGCGUAUAGGUUUCGUUGGAAAGACUGCCUGCGUAGCAGCACGAUGCUCGUCAACGCGAAGUAUAUACGUAUAUAUCGGCGUUUCACUUUUCCACCGAUUACGUUCUUUGUCUCUCUCUCUCUCUCUCUCUUUUUUUUCCUCUUUUCUUUUCACGCGAGGGCGAGCAACGUGGCUGCGUAAUCGCGAAAGAGUAUUAGUAUCGCCAAAGUAGACGAUAAAUAAAAUCGGGCUGUAGUUCGAAGGAAUCGAUCUCUCGUCGUCGUCGUCGUCGUCGUUGUUGUUGCGCGGAACGUUGACGCGCCGCAUAUACGCUACCGAAAGGGAAGAGCGAGACGUACACGCGCCAGUGUAAACCAAGUUGCAUUCCUUGAACGUCUAGUUAGGGGACCGUUUAACGAUAGAUAAACAGUAAUUUCGUAGAGAUAUAUUCGCAGACUUAGGACAUACAUUUAUUCCAAACCGAGUGCGCAGGCGCAUGUGCUGCGCCGUGUCCAAGCGACUUUUAUAAUCGACGCGUGGGAAGGAGUCGGAGCAGAGAAGGGAAAAGAAGGACUGGCUGCUGCGGGUCGCGAAUCGACGACGCAACUUAUUUUUCUAUAAUUUUACAAAGAAGUGUAAAAGUCGCGGAAGAGGUUUCGUGCAAAAUGCUCGGGGAAAACACGGAUCGUUGAGAACGCAACCUAGGUUUUAGGUUAGGUUUCUUUCCAUUCAGCCAUUCGUUGCGUGUCGUUUCAUUCGGUUGAAUCAGUAGCAGGUAUCGAAUUUGCAAAUGCGAUCAGAACGAGAGUUAUUUAUUCCGUGGUGAUUCACAGUGACGCGAGUCUCGAGCCGUUCGCGAUCGUCGAACGAAACCGAGAUUGCGACGAUCACGUUCCGGUCACGUUCGAUGCGCACGCGCAUGCGUAUAUUCCUCGCCAAAAUUUUCGCUUCUCUUCUCGACGGUGAUUUCGCACGAUUUUUGAUUCGAGAGUAACGGCAAGUUACGUUACGUUUGUAUCACGAAAGAUCGCUUUACGUAACGAAAGUGGCUUUUUCGUAACACAAGACGGUACUACUCGCCCGUUUACGUGUAAUACGAGCGCAAUACGAACGCGUAGUGAUGUCGAUGAGUUUCCAAUUAAAUUCCCCCCCCCCCCUUUCUUUUGUUUUGUUUUUUUUUUCUUUUCUUUUUUAAUAUCCUUGUAUAUAAAACAAAA